AUGGAGGUGGGCACGUUGAUCGACUGCCAACGGGAGAUCCACGUCCGCAUCUCACGCUCAGUGGAAUAUUUGAGGAAGCUGGGCAACGCCAACAUUACCUCCAGUGCCGUCAGUACACGCACCCGAAUCCUCGACCAGCUUUGGACGAAAUUUGAGGCUCAGCACGACCUCAUCCGCGCUGCGCUGAAAGAAAGGUUCAGUGACAGCGAUUACUUCAAAUCAGGGUUACACGAAGAUACCGAGAACCUGUACGUAACGCAGCGGAGCACAUUGGAUGACUACGCCGAGGGAUUCGCAUCGACGCCCAUGCGUCCAGCCACCGACGUCGCAUCACGAUCUUCGCUGCCACGCAUCAAGGUACCACAGUUCUCUGGCACCUACGCAGAUUGGCCAUCCUUCAGGGAUCUUUUCCUUUCCAUUGUCGGGAACAAUGGGUCAAUCUCAAAAAUUGAGCGUCUUCAUCACCUGCGCUCAAGUGUGACCGGAGAAGCUGAAAAAUUAAUCAGAUCGUUACCUGUCAUCGGCGAUAAUUACGAUCGCGCUUGGGCGAUCUUGAGCAAACACUACGAGAAUAAAAGAGAACUCAUCCGCUCCAAUUUUGCCGCAUUCGUCAAUGUGUCCAAGAUGAAGGGAGAUACCGCCGACGAGCUGAGCCGCAUCCACAACGUCGUCACCACCGUCGUCAACGCGCAGGAGAGCAUCGGUCGCCCGAUCGACACGCACGGGAUGGACCUCUUCAAUUACUUGGUCACUGAACUCUUUGACUCAACCACCCGUCUCGAAUGGGAAUCAUCCACAUCGGGAUCCACUGAACCACCAUCACACGAGACACUUCUCGACUUCAUCGGCCGCAGAAUUCUGACGCUCAACGCCGCACGACCAAAGGGAGUCACCAAAGUUUCAGGAGAUACAACCCGAAGCGCGAGAUCCCACGUCACUAAGCACGGACCGAUAACCCCACAAUGUGCACUGUGUCGCGAGAAACACGCCCUCAUGGCCUGCCGAGACUUCAAGGCCAAGUCCUCAGCGGAACGCAGAGCCUUCGUGGAAACGCACAAGCUCUGCUACAACUGCCUGGGGAACCACUUUAUCUCACGGUGCCAAUCGAAGAAGGCCUGCCUCACUUGCAACGCACGUCACCACACGAUGUUGCACGGGGCAUCCACCACGUCUUCAUCGUCGGAGAUCAACACUCCUGCCACCGCAUCAGUUUCCACACUUGCCACGACACUAGCCGCUACACAUCAGAACGAGGAUCGAAAGGCCGUCCUCUUAGCAACUGCGCGCGUCCACAUCGCUGACAGGCAUGGAUUUCCGCACUCAGUGCGAGCUUUGCUCGAUCAGGGUUCCGAGCUAUCCAUUGUCUCCGAGACAGUGGCGCAACGCUUGCGACUACCUCGAGCGCACACGGGACUAUCCAUCUCCGGGGUCGGAGGAACCCGCCCAGGACCAAUCCGCGGCAAGAUCACGUUGAAGGUAACGUCAGACGUGACCAACGCCGAGCUCUCCGUGGUGGCUUAUAUCCUGCCGCGCCUCGUGAUGACACAGGGCCCCACCUCAAAGACGGAUAAACGCUGGCCUCAUAUCCAGGGACUUCAGCUGGCCGACCCCAACUUCCAGGACGACGACCCGGCUGAACUGCUCCUAGGAGCGGAGGUCUGCUCCUUCAUAAUUGAGGAGGGCGUACGCAAGGGCGGUCCAGAAAUGCCGAUCGCCCAGAAAACUAUCCUGGGUUGGAUUCUCUCCGGGGGAUCUGAUGCAGCAGCAACCGCGGAUCACCGACGCACGCUCCGUAUCACUGCUGAUUACGACCUCGCUGACCUGGUGCGUCGAUUCUGGGAACAGGAACAGGAGCCCACCGCUGUCACGUCUCUCACCCCCGACGAACAAGGGAGCGAGGAGCUCUUUGUGCGCAGUCACACUCGCACUGCCUCUGGGAGAUACAUGGUGAGGUUGCCGUUCUCCUCACCACCGACAAAACUGGAGGAGACUCGCAAGCCAGCGGAACGUCUUCUGAUGGCCAUGGAGAGACGCUGCAUCCAGGACCCUCGCUUUGGUGAUCUCUACCGGAGCUUCCUGCGCGAGUACGAGGACCUACAACACAUGACGAAGUUAGCCACGGCGUCGACUGACCGGCAGGGCAAGUGUUACUUACCGCAUCAUGGGGUCUUCAAGGAAUCCAGCACCACCACCAAGUUGAGAGUCGUGUUCAACGGAUCGCAGCGAACACGAGCCGGGGAAUCGCUGAACACGCACCUCCACACCGGCGCAAACCUCCUUCCGCCGCUAGCCGACGUGCUGCUCCGAUGGCGUCAACACCGCUACGUCUUCGUCGCCGACAUAGAAAAAAUGUACCGGCAGAUUCUCGUGCAUCCAGACGACUGCAGUUUCCAGACGAUCCUGUGGCGGCACUCUCCUGACGAUGAAGUGCAUGAAUACCAACUGAGGACGGUCACCUACGGCCUCAGUUGCGCUCCAUUCCUCGCCAUACGGACUCUUCAGCAACUGGCCAAGGACGAGGAAGAACAUUUUCCUCGCGGCUCGGUGGCCUUGCGACGGGAUUGUUAUGUCGACGACGUAGUCACCGGAGCAACCACGCUCGACGAAGCAAUCGUGCUUCAGGAGGAGCUACGCAACCUCUGCAAGGCGGGCGGGUUCCCGUUACGAAAAUGGGCAGCCAACCACGAAGAGAUCCUAACUGGCGUUCCUCAGGAUCAUCGUAUGCAGCAGUCCCAGCGUGCAUGGGAAGGAGAGAGUCACUCAACGCUAGGACUUCGAUGGCAUCCUCAAGAUGAUGAGUUCUCCUUCACACUGCUUCCACCGUCCGUAGAGAAAUAUACGAAGAGACGGGUUCUCUCUGAAACCGCACGGCUCUUCGAUCCAUUGGGUUGGCUCGCUCCUGUCGUCAUCCGCGCGAAGAUCCUCAUCCAAACUACGUGGCUUCAGGGGUUAGAUUGGGAUGCUCAACUGCCGCCAGCCGACGCUCAUCGUUGGCAGCAACUGCUGGGUGGCCUCCAUCUCCUCGACCGCCUGAGGAUGCCUCGCUGGCUCGGCACGGGCGAUGUGGACUCAUCGCUGCAGCUACAUGGCUUCGCCGACGCGUCCGAGCGCGGGUAUGCUGCCGCCGUGUACCUCCGCAUCGCUGGAAAAAAUGAAACGUCAGUGACACUACUAAUGGCCAAGAGCAAGGUGGCACCUGUCAGGCAAGUGACCUUGCCGAGACUCGAGCUCUGCGCCGCCGCCUUACUCACCACACUGACUCAGCAUGUGCAACGCACGCUCAACUUGGGAGAUGCACCCACGCAUCUGUGGACGGACUCGAAGGUCACGCUCCAGUGGAUCCAGGGACACGCCUCGCGAUGGAAGACCUUCGUUGCCAACCGGGUGUCUCACAUCCAGACCCUACUGCCGAACGCACUCUGGAGACAUGUGGCUGGUCGAGACAACCCUGCGGAUUGUGCAUCGAGGGGCAUUAGUCCGUUGGAAUUGGUAAAUCAUACGUUAUGGUGGACAGGACCUACCUGGUUGCUGGAGGAAGAGGCGGCAUGGCCGCUCACCGAAGUGGACACCCGAGAAGACAACCUUAUCGAGAGACGAGCCGGCAGCCUGAUGACGAGGAGCUUGGUCGUCAUGGAACCUGAGCUCCUCCUCCGCUUUUCGUCGUUGAACCACCUGCUACGAGUCACAGUAUGGUGUCGUCGCUGGCUUCGCACUGUUGCACCAACUGUCACCCUGGACAGCCACCCACCGCAGACGAAUUAG